AUGUACAAAAAGCCCUCUUUACUUAAUUUAACUCCAAUAUCUAUUCUUAAAUCUAAAAAUUAAGCAAAGAAUAAAUCUUUUUGUCCAUCAACUUUUUUAAAUGAAAUUGAUAGUUUUCCACAAUAAUUUGAUGGAGAUUUCAAGAAUCAACAACCAUUUGAAUUAUAAAACCCUCUUGAACUAGUUAUUCCUAAAACAGUUCGAAGAAGGUAUGCACUUGGAAAUUAAAUGUUUUCCUAAAAAUUAGAUUAGGUAUUACCAAAUUUACCUAAUCUCUCUAAAAAUACAAGUAUGUUAAAAUCAAAUUUGGAUGAAAUAUUAUAAAUAUAAGAAGUUUAAACUUAAAGAUAAUCUACAGAACUUGAGUUAAUAAAUCGAAAAAUAAAGUCAAUCCUCAAUAGUAAUAAGAGAUAGGUAACUUUUUAAACUUCUCAUGUUAUUGUUGAUAAAUAUGAUAAUUCAUAGGUUGUUUAAGAUUUGCCUACAAUUAGAAAAUCAAUUCCUAAAAGGAGAUCACAUUUUAAACAUAUUACGACUGAAAUUUGA